GGAGACUCCAGUUCCGAAUCCUCUGAAACUCGACGAAAUCCUGAAAUCGGAAAACGAAACCCUAAUUUCCUUUCCGGGAUUAUGGCGGCGAACAAGUGCAGCCGGUGUGAUGAGGUUCUCAAUUUGUACUUAACCGAGUGCAGGCACUCGACGGUUUGUUUUGGUUGUGGUAAGACUAUGGCGGAGGAGAAAGAAGCGUGUGCGGAAUGUGGAACCAUUGUCACGCAAUUGGUGAAGGAAUUUGAUCUUCGUAUUAGCUCGCCGGACGAUAAGAAGUUCUUUUUCGGAAAAUUCCCUCUUGGCACUCCGUACCCGAACUUCAAGAACGAUCACGCAUGGUCUCUGAGCAAAAACAGUCUCCCAAAUGAUAAUGAAGCGGGAUCGUCAAAGAAUGUGUCGUGGGUGUUGAAAGAUGAAACCGACAACACCGAGUACGUGGGACGUUGUGAAAAGGCAGGCUCAACAUCAGAAUUCUUGUUGAUGCGAGCACUUUUGUGGCAAUUCCGAAUGUUUCGCUUUGCGAAAGUAAGAGAUCUUGAUCGACUUACCAUUGAACAACUUAGAGCGGACGUGGCAAAGCGCGAAAAGGCCUUGGCUAAACGCGAAAAGCUCUUUAAGAAACACGAGGAAAAGUUUAUGAGGAGGUUCGCUAAGAAACGAAAGCUUUCCAGCAAGAAAGAAGCAGGCUCAUCUCCCAGCAACGAAGAAGCAGGCUCAUCUCCCAGCCGCGAAGAAGCAGGCUCACCUCCCAGCAACGAAGAAGCAGGCUCAUAUGAGAAAGGAGAGGAUUGGGAACAUGAGGAUGUUUUCACUGAUGACGAGGAAGUUGAUUUGGGUGAAAGCCUCGAGGCUCCAGAAGAAUUUCAAGAUGAAAACGAUAGAGAGCCAUCAUUCCUGAGCCAUUCCGGUAAGGAUAUGCAGAAUCUGGUUGCUGUGUCUGAGAAGAAUCAGAAUGAAUCUGAUGGAAUGAAAAUAGAUGUUAAGGGGAGCACAAGUGCAGCAGGAUCGAGCGAGAAGAAAACGGAUGUUGAGGAAAAAAGUGAUGUUGCGAUGGAAGAUUAUCAGGAUCGCAAUACUUGAGUCUGAGGAUCAGAAGGAAGGGGUGUAUAUAGUACGGAGAUUGAGGAGGAACAUUGUACAUAGCUAUGAGAUAGAGAGAGCGAUUCUUUUAGUCAUGAACACGGAUAUAAUAGUCUUGUGAGGAAGAGAGUGCUUGAUGGUUUUUUUUUUUUUUUGCAUUUUGUUGCUAUUCAGAAAUUCAUACAUGGCCUGAUAUAUAGGAACCAAAAACCAUAGUCUUACAGUUGUUUGAUAUGCUUUGUUCAUACACACACUCAUUAGUAAUCUCCUGCGUGGAUCUACUUGUAUUCAGAAAUAAUUGUCGUCUAAUGUUGAGCU